ACCAGAGUCGCAUCAAUAAAAACCCUGAACCCUUUUCCUCAGGAAUUCAAAAUCAAUUUCAUCAGUGUCACACUUGGAGUGCUUUUAACUCUCCCACUCACUAACAUUGUCGUGAUUCUCGGAUUAUGCUCUAGUUUAAUUUCUUCGCCAUGGUUGCUUCGAGGGAUGUUCAUGAGAUCGUCUCCAAGCUCUCGUCAGAUAAAGCCAAGACUCGCGAAGAUGGUGUCAAGUUAUUGAAUACAUGGCUCGAAGGGGAAAGGUCAAUCACCUUUUGUAGAUUUCUUUCGCAAAACACUGCUAAGCUUAAGUUGGACGAGAUUCCAAAUGCUGAAACGUGGCCCUUUUUGGUUAAACUUCUCCUUCAAUGUGUCUCAAUGGAGGUGUCAGGUAGUAAGCGACGGAUGCCCAAGCCAACUUUUGCAAAGACGCUUCGUGUUGUUAUUCAGAGAACAGAAGAAACUAAGUUUCCUGGUGUACAAUUUCCUUUGCUAUCUAUGGCUAAGACCCUUUUUACACAUGUACAUGAUAUCUUGAGCAAUACACCUAGCUUUCAGUCAGAGUAUGGUACCAUACUCCGCCAUCUUUUGGAAAUUAGGGAGUACCGUUUCCAAAUGAGGAAGCGCACAUAUUCCAGUUUGGUGCUGCUAUACAUGGAAAGGGCUGAGGCAGGUUUUAGCGAGAAAAACAGUGGUCAACAUAGCCAGAAGGAGGAGGCGUUUCGUUAUAUUCUUACGCUUCAGUCACUUCUAGAGAACUCCCCUGGUGAUUUUCCUGAUGACCUCCGAGAAGAAAUUGUGAAUGGCCUCAUUAACAUCUUCUCUUCUGUAAGAGAUGAGGGAAAGCUUUCACGCAAGCUUAUUGAAUGUGUAAAUACGUUCUUGCUGAAGGAUGGUCCUAAUUUAGGCUCUUUAUCAUUGGAAAUUCAUAAUGCGGUUGAACAAUUUGUGUUCCGUUGCUGGUUAACAACCCAUGAUAAAAACCUCAAGGAGAUACUUGCUUCUUAUGGAAGACUACAGUUAAAUUUGACAAGGGGUUCUAGUGAAUCUAGUUCUCUGGUGGAACAACUUUUGGACGUGGUUACUCGUGAAUUGGAUCUUGGUAGUUCAUCAACUUCUGCAUCAUGGGGUGAUACAACAAAGGAUGAAAAGUUAGGGGCAUUGAACAGCUAUCAGAAUAGCUUGGUUGAGCUGGCUGCACAUGUGUUCUACCGGGCAUGUGUCAAUACAUCUAGACCAUCACUGUCAGAGAAACGAGCUCGUAGGCAACAUAUUGCGAUGCGUAUGGUGGAUGCACUAACUGAAGGAAAAUGGCUAUGGUGUGCUGCUUUUGGUUGUCUAGUUCGGAAUUAUUGUGCUCGCAUCAAUAUGGAUCUCCUUAUUUACUGGUUUGAAGCCAUCUGCACAAACUUUCAGAGACUUUUGGAGGAUGCCAGUAUGAGACGUUCUUAUGAUGGUCUACUAUGGACUUUGAGGAGUUUGCAAGGGCUCUCCUCUGGUUUGUUACUUCCAGAUACUACUAUGGACAUAUCGAAGUCAUCUGCUUCCUCAAGUGAGGGAAACCUGCAAGAUGAUUUACAUCUUCGACGAAAUCUUCUUAGAGCAGUUUGUGCCCCUCUAAGCUGGAAGGUUCGUUUGACUCUAAAUGAGAGAAUGGUUCAGCUUCUACCAGCAGCUGCUUUUUCCCUAUGUGCUGGUUUCAAGACUUCACUUCCAUUACCUAAGGAACAUCUUCCAACACCAUCUGAAUGGGAUGUCUGUGAACAGAUAGAUGAUGUUGAUCUAGAAAGAAAUUUUGGACUCUUUGAAUGCUCUGUGGAGGCUCUAACAAGAGUUUGCUCAAAUUCUAGCAAGAUCUCUGGUUGCCAAGUUCCUGACGUGAUACAACUACCUCUGGUAUUAAGGGAUCCAUUGCUUCAUGACAUGGAUAUCUAUUUUCUUAGCAUUACUCCGGAGGUCAAGGAGAAAGGACCAUUGUCUGACAUCUUUAUGGGAUGUGCUCUGUUGUGUCAUUUUAUGCAUGGUUCUUACAUCGCAAGGAAGGGUAAAGGAAGCAGUUCGUUCUUCUUAAAGGCAUGCCAGUAUUUGUUAGAAGGCCUGGAUCAUGCUGUUGAAGCAGUUUCAAAGAGCCUCAACGAUCUUCAAAGGCUUGGUUCCCUAGGGUUUGGCUCAGAUUUUAAUGAGAAAGGUUCUGUAAUAGUUUCGUUGAGGUCCCUUACUCAAUCUCCUGUCUUCAGCAACGGAAGAGACCAAAAUCUUCUUGGCGCUAGUUAUGAUGCUGUAAUUCAUUCCUUAGAGAACCUUUUGCGGUCUUUUGCUAAAGUCUAUGGAGAAUAUACUGAGCACGCAUGGAAUACACAUUCAGACACUGUACCUUCUAAAUCGUUUGCACUUGAUUCCCCAGAAGUUGGCAGGAUUGUGGAUAUGGAUUUAGAUUUAGCUGAAGACACUAAAGAGAGGGAUAUUAUAACUGUCGGUGGAAAAGCUGUACCUGGCCUGCCCGUUUCUACGGGGAACUGGAAGUUGGGCAUGGUAUCGCUUAUCUCAUGUUUUUCUCCAGUACUUCAAUUUCCUACAUGGGAUGUUCUAUAUAACUUAUUGGAGAAGGAAUCUGAUCCUAAGGUGCUGGAAAAUAUACUGUAUCAUCUAUGCAAGCUUUCAUGCUUGACUUCUAUGCCGAAGGUUGAUGAUUUGGUUAUUUUCUUGGAUGGCAUGCUUAGCACACAAGUAAAGAUGAAGCGUAACUGUCUCAAUAUAGUCACUGCUCUGCAUGUUUUACUUCAUACUUUAUCAUCCUCGAGGAUGGAUUCUUCUGGAGUUGGAAAAAGUUGUGGUUUGUCUCUGAAAGAAGGAGAAAGUUUUCAGGUCUUUGUCCAACUUGGCGCAGUGGUGAAUAAAGUUUCUGAAUUUGGUCUCUUGGGAUGGUUUGGGCGUGUCAAGCUGAUCAACUGUAUAUGUGAUCUUGUCUUACUUAAUCCUCAGACUGGUCAGACAAUGAUUGAGCGACUUUUGUUGAUGCUAAAUGACUCUGAUUAUCGAGUGAGGUUUGUCCUGGCAAGACAAAUUGGGAUUUUAUUCCAGACGUGGGAUGGCCAUGAGGCAUUAUUCCAAGAUAUUUGUUCCAGCUUUGGUAUUACAUUAGUAACCUCCUCAAAGGAGAAACUAGUUACCGCAAAGGAUGUUUUGGCUGCUGGUCCUCAGCCUCGCCAAAAAAUGGAGACUGUCAUCAUUACUCUUAUGCACCUUGCUUAUCACAGUGAGAACAUAGAGUUGCAAGCUGUUUUUAUGAUGUGCGCUGUUUCAGCUAUAGAUCCCUGUCAGAGGGAAUUAAUCAUUGCCGCACUUGACAAUCUAUCAGCACAACUCCAUUACCCAUCUAGGUUCAAGUAUCUGGAAGAACUCUUGGGCCCGAUCCUUUUUUUCUGGAUUGCAUGUGGUGUCAGUUUAGCUGGCCUUAUUGAGACAAGCCAGCUGUUCAUUCCAAACGCUGAACCGAAAUAUUUCAUCCACUUUUGUUCCCACUGGCUGCUUCCAGCUCUUCUAUUGCAUGAAGAUCAUACUAACCUUGACUGGGUAGCUAAGAUGGCUGCCCAACCGGUGGUUGUUUUGGUCAAAGAAAAUUUUGUGCCAAUAUUUUCGAUAUGUAUGGGUUUGCACUGUAGUAAAACGUCAGAAUGUGAUAAAGGUGCAAUGGUGCUUCAGAAUUCAAUAUUGUAUGUUGGUGAGAUCAGCGAGAGUGAGAGGGACAAGCUGAUUAAACAGAAUAUGGUGUCUAUUGUUAGUUUUAUUUUAUCAUGCGCUUCGUCUUCACCAGAACCUCCAGUUCCUGCUUUUUCUCGUGAUACUAUUUCACUUGCAGUUCAAACAGUUGUGGAUGGUUUUCUGGAAACCACUGAUUAUCCUAAGAAUGCGGCCAUCACUGACAGGAUAAACAUUUUUCGCCCGGAUAGAGUGUUCAUGUUCAUUACAGAAAUGCACUAUAGAAUGUCAGCUGCAUGCCAUCAUCGGCAUACACGUCAUCAUUUGGCCGCUCUUGAAGAGCUUACAAUUCUUCUUGGUCAUAGAGCGUCAGUUCCAAGUUCCUUAAAUUACAUAUUCAAUCUUGUUGGACAAUUUAUCGGCUAUCCCUCACUACAAGACCAGUGUUGUAGUAUAGCGUCCUGUUUACUGGAUUUGUUCAAAAGCAAUCCGGCCAAAGAAAUUGUUAGUGUACUAGGUGACCAACUCCAGUUUUUGGUCUCAAAGCUGGUUACAUGCUGCAUUGAUGCUGAAGCAGAUAUCAAAAUUUCUGGUUCUAAGUCAUCGCAACUCGUUAAUUUGCUACACAAGCUAGUUGUUAGUUCAGAUUCUUCUCUUGAUGAAGAUAUCAGAGAUUUGGAACCACUCCCGGAUUUAAAAAUUUUCCAAGUCAUUCGUGAAUCACAUAUCAAGAUAUGUGAAGCAUAUUCUCCAAGGAAUCAUCUGUUGAAGUGUGCUCGAAGAUCUUGUUAUCUUCCACCAAGAUUCCUUUCCAGGAGUCUCCAAGCACUGCAUAACAAGCUCAUAGCUUCUGAAGUUUCUCAAGAAGACACAAAUGGAGAAACUGCAGAAACAUUUUGGCAGUCUGAUGAUGAAAUUGUAAAUGCUGUUUGGACUCUUGUCCGAGUGUCUGCCUCUGAUGAAGCAGAUAGUAUGAGACUUUUGGCGUCUGAUUUCCUUUCCAGGGUUGGUAUUAGGGACCCCCACACUGUUGUUUUCCAUCUUCCUGGGAAGUUAGUCUCCAUGCCUGAUCUUCAAGUUAUUGGCCAUAAUACUGGAUCAAAAGUCAGAUCUUUGACUGAGAACGGCAUAUCCGAUGAAACCGUUAUCACACUGCUAAAUUUUUUGAAGAAGUAUCUUUUGGAUGACUCCGUAAAGAUUAUUGAUGUAACAUCACAAACCCUUCGGGUGCAUGGUAGGGGCGUGAACCUUGACAUUGUGGAAAAGAUCUUAUUGGAUAGCCAAAAGCAGUUCAAAGAACUUUUCACUGGAGACGCCAGAAGUGUGGUCCACAGAUAUAAAACCUUUGAUAGAUGGAUUUGCCAGCUUGUGUACUGUAUGAUCGCUUUAUGUGAGGAUGUCCCAAUAAGGUUAUGCCAGAACAUAGCAUUGCUGAAAGCUGAAAUAUCUGAGCUUCUAUUCCUAGUGUUAUUAAUUCAAGAUCUUGUUCCACAGCUGCUAAGAUUAGAGAUGUGGAAACUGCACCAAAUGGAAUGGCAGCGUCCAAAACUAACUAAUUGGGAGAAGGUUUAUUGGCUUUCCAUUGAUUAUCUUGUUGUUGCCAGAUCAGCAGUAUUACCGGAUCAUGUUGAGAUACUUGUGUCUGCAAUAACAAGAAUAAACGAGCCUGACAGCUUAUAUGGGGUUAUACAUUCAAAUAAGUUGUCUGCUCAAAUAAUCACAUUCGAGCAUGAGGGAAACUGGACUAGGGCACUCGAGUAUUACGACUUGCAAGCACGUUCACAGAAACUGGUGGUGCCUGGUAGCCUUUCUGAAAAUCUAGAGGUGGAACAAUUUCAGCCAACAACUAGUACAUGGAAUUCUGUUUUUGGUGAAGGAGAGGUCCAGAGACAACCGUUCAAAGGACUCAUUAGGUCGUUGCAGCAGACAGGCUGUAUGCAUGUCCUGGAUUUGUAUUGCCGAGGCUUAACUUCCCGAGAAGGAUACUUUCAGUAUGAUCCAGAGUUCAUCGAAUUGCAGGAAAAUGGGAUUUUUCUUUACUUUAUCCGCAAACUCAUUGCCAACCUCUGCAACAUGCGAAGAAACAAUAAUUAUCAUGAAAGUUUGCACUGUUGUUUGAGAGCAUUGCAAGAAGGGGAUUACGAUGGUUUUUAUGAAAACCUGAAGGAUGCUAAGAAGGAGCUUGUGUUGUCCAUUUCCCGUGCAAGCGAAGAAAGCACUGAAUUUAUAUACUCAACAGUAGUGAAACUUCAGUUGUCUUGGCUGAAUAAGGAUUGGAACUCUAUUAUUACGCAAACUCAGUUGCACAUGAAUUUGUUGGAGCCAUUUAUCGCGUUUAGGCGAGUUCUUCUCCAAAUCUUGGGAUGUGAGGAAUGUACCAUGCACCAUCUUUUGCAGUCUGCUUCAUUACUUCGCAAGGGAACAAGGUUUUCUCAUGCAGCUGCGUCUCUGCAUGAGUUCAAGUUUCUCUGUGCAAGAAGUGAUGGACAACAACCCGUUCCAGACUGGCUUGGAAAGCUUGAAGAGGCGAAGCUAUUACAUGCCCAAGGGCGGCAUGAAGUUUCCAUUAGUCUUGCAAACUAUAUUUUACAUAAUUAUCAAUUAAAAGAAGAGGCUUCAGAUAUAUAUCGUGUGAUUGGAAAGUGGCUAGCAGAAACCAGAUCUAGCAACUCUAGAACAAUUUUAGAGAAGUAUCUCAGGCCUGCAGUUUCGCUUGCUGAAGAGCAGAGUUCCAAGAUCUGCAAAAGAUUGGUAGAUAGACAGAGCCAAGCUUGGUUUCAUCUGGCUCAUUAUGCAGAUGCUCUAUUUAAGAGUUAUGAGGAAAGACUCUACUCCAGUGAAUGGCAAGCUGCAAUGCGGCUACGAAAACACAAGGCGGAGCAAUCUGACUAUUCACUGAAGAUCCAAGAUCUGCAGAAGCAACUAACAAUGGAUAAAGAAGAAGCAGAAAAACUGCAGGUUGACAGGGAUAACUUUCUGAAACUUGCAUUGGAGGGGUAUAAACGUUGUCUGGAAAUUGGUGACAAGUAUGAUGUUCGAGUGGUAUUUCGGCAAGUAUCCAUGUGGUUCAAUCUUGCCUCCCAGAAAAAUGUUAUUGAUAACAUGUUGAGCACCAUUAAAGAGGUUCAGUCUUACAAAUUUGUACCCCUUGUUUAUCAAAUUGCUUCAAGGUUGGGCAGUUCCAAAGAUGAAUCAGGAUCUAACAGCUUUCAGUCUGCACUGGUUUCGCUUAUCAGAAAAAUGGCCAUUGAUCAUCCAUACCAUACAAUCUUGCAGGGCUUGCUAGAAGUGCACAAGCUUCUGGCUUUGGCAAACGGUGAUCGUAUCAAGGAUAACCAACGCAGUAGAAAUUCUUUCGUGGUUGAUAUGGAUAAAAAGCUUGCAGCAGAGCAUCUCCUGCAGGAUAUAUCACAUUAUCAUGGGCCUAUGAUUAGACAAAUGAAACAACUGGUAGAUAUCUACAUCAAGCUUGCAGAGCUUGAAACAAGGAGAGAGGAUACCAAUAGAAGGGUAGCGCUACCAAGAGAAAUUCGUAGUGUGAAACAAUUAGAACUUGUACCUGUAGUGACUGCUACAAUUCCUGUUGAUCGUAGCUGCCAAUACAAUGAAGGGUCAUUCCCGUUUUUCAGAGGUUUAUCAGAUUCUGUUACAGUGAUGAACGGUAUAAAUGCUCCAAAAGUUAUGGAACAAUUUUUUGGACUCGUCAAUACCUUUCUACACAAUAACCGAGACACUUGGAAGAGAAGAUUAGCGGUGCGCACAUACAAGGUUAUUCCUUUUACUCCAAGCGCUGGUGUUCUUGAGUGGGUUGAUGGCACAAUUCCACUUGGAGAUUAUCUUAUAGGAAGCUCAAGGAGUGAGGGCGCUCAUGGUCGUUAUGGCAUUGGAAACUGGAAAUAUCCCAAAUGCCGAGAACAUAUGUCGAGUGCGAAGGACAAGCGCAAUGCCUUCAUGGAUGUCUGUACAAACUUCAGGUUUCGUUUUUUGUGGAACGUUAAUUUAACUUACUCCGUUGGGUACAUCGUUGGUCUUGGUGAUCGUCAUGCCAUGAAUAUUUUAAUCGAUCAAGCUACAGCAGAAGUUGUCCACAUAGAUCUUGGAGUUGCUUUUGAACAAGGAUUAAUGCUCAAGACUCCUGAAAGGGUUCCGUUCAGACUGACAAGAGACAUAAUUGAUGGAAUGGGUAUCACAGGAGUGGAAGGCGUUUUCAGGAGAUGUUGCGAAGAAACCCUGUCUGUGAUGCGAACAAAUAAAGAGGCGCUGCUAACUAUUGUCGAAGUUUUUAUACAUGAUCCUCUGUACAAAUGGGCCUUGUCCCCCUUAAAGGCUUUGCAAAGACAGAAGGAAACUGAAGAUUAUGAUGGCAUGAACUUGGAAGGGUUACAAGAGGAAUUCGAGGGAAACAAGGAUGCUACACGUGCCUUGAUGCGUGUCAAGCAGAAACUUGAUGGAUACGAGGGUGGUGAGAUGAGAAGUAUUCAUGGCCAGGCGCAGCAACUAAUACAAGAUGCAAUUGACACAGAUCGUUUGUCCCAUAUGUUCCCUGGCUGGGGAGCGUGGAUGUAACCGACCUUCUAUAUGCUCCAAUUUUUUGUCUGUGAAUAGAGAAAUCUUUAUGUAAAGUUGAUAAUACUCGGCUGCCAAAUUUUGUCUAGCUUAGGAGGGGAGGGAGCAAUCUAAAAACGGCUUUUGCGUGGUACAGAACGAAUAUGUGAAGCAACAAGCUCAAGCGUAAAUAUAUUACUUCUUUUGGGCAUUUUGCAUUUUGGCUCAUGAAGUAAAAGAAUUUCACUAGA